GCUACCUUAGUUACUUUGUAGGAACAAGUACCUUAAGCUAGUACUGGUAACUGGUCCGGGAGGGGAAAACAAAGAGGGUAUCCAAGCUCCAACUCAUACUGGGUUUUGCUUUCUCUUUCACUUUCAUGGUCUUACUCUUUCCCUUCUCUUUCCCAUCAUCCUUUCCGUCUGUUCCUCUUCUCUUCGCUUUUCCUCUCCAAUUCCUUUUCUUCCCCCACCCCGUUUGGUCCUCUUCUUCGUUUCUUUCGUUUCUUUCCUGUUUCUGCCACCCCUCCCUUGGGUGCCAAUUAUUUCACCCUUUCGAGGCCCAUCCGACCCGUUCUUUUUUUUUUUUGGGGUUGGUUCACUUCCCGCCGGCUCUUCAUCUCCCCUCGCGCCGCCCCCCUGUCCGCUCUCCGGAUCACAGAGGGUCGAACCUCCUCCACCACCCCUCUUGCCUCUUCUUCAAUUCUUUUCCUUCAAGUCGAUCAUGCUUCUCGUCGCAGCCUACACUCUGCCUUGUCAAUUCAUCCAGCAGUGUUGAGCCGGUGAAGCGCUGUGGAAAGAGAAAUUUCGCGCCAAUCUCGACUCAAAAAGGACCCAGAAGUGGGCUCGUGGUGGUUGAAAUCGCGUCUUCCGAGGCUGCCUCUCCGCCCGCGUUUUUGUUCGGUCUCGUCUCCGGAGUUCUCACAUUCCACCCCAACCGUAUUACCCAACUGGGUAGUAGAUAGCUGUGGAGAGAGGUGAAGUACGAGAGGCGACUCUGCAGUGCAGAUAUUUCCUACUCGUCUGGUUUCGUGGGAAAGAAAGCAAAGGGGAAAAAAAAAACCUAUAAAAAUUUGAUGAAAAAAGAAUACAUUGGGAGACCAUCAAGUGAUCGGUCAUCUCUACGCGCGUGCUUCGUUGUCGCUUCUCCCCGCUAACCCGUUAGCUUGUUGACCUGGCGUCCUCGAUAUACCAACGACCACUGUGUUUAUUAUUGCCCUGUACCCUUUCCGAAUUGUCCGUUGAUUCUUAGGUGCCCGACCGAACGGACCAGCAACUAGCACUCAAGUCUAGCGGAUAGGGGAAAAAAAAAGUGGAAAAAAAUUCUUC